CCCUGCGGCGUUAGACUGCCCUCUCUCUCUCUCUCUCUUCCCAGAUAUUUUCCUUCCCCACUGCGACUUUGCAAUUUCUGCCGCAUAUAAUAAUGAAAUAAACUUCUUCCCCAGUUUUGCUUCGUCUACGCAACUGCCCUUUCGCGAGAAAUCCCCAUGGAGGCUUAACCAGCGCUUGAAUUCAUCGCCGAUCCCUCUCUGUAUCUGUGAAUGCUCUAGAAUCCAUUCAUCGGAAUUAACAAGUUUUCCGGGUACGGGUAUGGAUAGAGAGGGAGGAUCCGACGUCGGGUCUUAUUGCUACUACACCGUCCUCGGGAUUCGCAAGGAUGCCUCCUUCUCAGACAUUCGUUCAGCUUACCGCAAACUCGCUCUGAAAUGGCAUCCAGAUAGGUGGGCGAAGAACCCCUCCGCCGCCGGAGAAGCCAAACGCCGCUUCCAGAAAAUCCAAGAAGCCUACUCAGUAUUGUCGGACAAGGGGAAGAGGUCAAUGUACGACGCCGGAUUCCUUGAUCUCUUUGAGGAAGACGAGGGGAUGGGAGAUUUCCUACAUGAUUUGAUGAAUAUGAUGGAGCAGCAGAACGUUGGGGCUGAGAAGGCAGAGAGCAUUGAGGAUCUGCAGAAAACAUUUGUGGAAUUGUUCGGUGAGGAUCUGGCAGAUAUGAUGAUGAUACAGGAGAGCCACGAACCGGUGGUGAGGAAGAGCAGUGGGAACAGCAAUACGCGGGUUACGCCCAGGCGCAACACCCACCUGUGACAUUAACCCCUCCCUCUCCCUUGUAUUAUUACUACUAUUAUUAUUAUCAUUUCCCCUCUUCCUCCUUUAGUAGUUGUUCUAAGGCCGCCUAAUUGGAGGGUCAUUUCAGAACUGAUGAUCCCAAAAAGAAAAAGAAAAAUGAUUGUUUGAGGGGUAGAUUUGGUAAUUCAAGUGACUUACUAGUUUGGUGGUUCCAAAACUUAAGAACAUUGCAAAGUUGUUUGCUUUGGCUUAACAAAACUCUUUUUCUUUCUUUCCUUUUUUUUAAAAAUAAAA